UCGCAUCGCUUGGUGGUGUUUUGGUUUUGGCUGGAAGGCUUGCGCGCCCACGCGGGACCGCUCCGGGGGAAAAAAAAAGUGGAGCCGAGGGUUUUCCAGGCGCUCCCCAUCGCUCUGGAUCGCGGCUGGGCUUUGGGGAGGCCCCGCACGAGAUGUACCAGAGCUUAGCCAUGGCAGCCAACCCCGGGCCUCCGGCGUACGAGGGGGCAGGUGGCUUCAUGCACAGCGCGGCCGCAGCGUCCCCCGUCUAUGUGCCCACCACGAGGGUCACCUCCAUGCUCCCCAGCCUGCCCUACCUGCAGAGCAGCGCCUCUUCCCAGCAAGGCAGCCCCGUCCACUCCAGCCACUCCAUCUGGACUCAACCCGGAGCAGAAAGCGCCGCUUACAACCCUGGAUCUUCUCACCCUCCCGUGUCACCUCGGUUCUCCUUCUCCACCAGCACCCCCAUCCCGGCCACCUCUUCCCGGGAAGCGGCGGCGGCUUACAGCAGCUCCUUGAACCUUUCUGCUAACGGGAGGGAGCAGUACGGCAGGGGCUUCGGCAGCUCCUAUUCCAGCCCCUACCCGGCCUACAUGAGCCCCGACAUGGCCACGACCUGGACUUCGUCGCCCUUUGACAGCCCCAUGCUGCACAACCUGCAGAGCCGAGGGACGCCCGCGGCUGCCCGCCACGCUAAUAUCGCAGAAUUUUUUGAUGAUUAUUCUGAGGGGAGAGAAUGUGUCAACUGUGGGGCCAUGUCCACGCCGCUGUGGAGGAGGGACGGCACGGGGCACUACCUCUGCAACGCCUGCGGGCUCUACCACAAGAUGAACGGCAUCAACCGGCCCCUGUUCAAACCCCAGAGGAGGCUGUCAGCAUCCCGCCGUGUUGGGCUCUCCUGUGCCAACUGCCACACGACGACCACCACGCUGUGGCGCAGGAACGCCGAGGGGGAGCCCGUCUGCAACGCCUGCGGGCUCUACAUGAAGCUCCACGGGGUCCCAAGGCCUUUAGCCAUGAGAAAAGAGGGAAUUCAGACGAGGAAACGCAAGCCUAAGAACCUUAACAAAACAAAGGCACCAGCAGGCCCAUCCAGCAGCGAGAGUCUUACCCCAACCACCAGCUCCACCAGCAGCAGCAGCAGCACCACAACCACCGAGGAAAUGCGCCCCAUCAAAACAGAACCUGGGCUCUCAUCUCACUAUGGGCACCCCAGCCCUGUUUCUCAGGCAUUCUCAGUCUCUGCCAUGUCUGGACAUGGAUCAUCCAUUCACCCUGCAAUCUCAGCUCUGAAGCUUUCCCCCCAAGCUUACCAGUCAGCCAUGAGCCAGUCUCCCCAAACCAGCUCCAAACAGGACUCCUGGAACAGCCUGGUGCUGGCUGAGAACCACGGGGACAUCAUAACUGCAUAACCUGGCCCUUUCCCUAUGAACUCCAGGCUGAUCUGCUUGAGAGAUGAAGAAGAUGCCAUGUAAUCAUCAAGCCAAUGUUGUCUCCACCUCCCCUGCUCUCCUGCCUUCUCUCCCCUUGUGAGAUGUUCCAGCAAAGAGGUAAAGAGAAUUUAUCUGAGGUGUAGGGGAGCUCUUAUGAAAUGAAGAGAGAAGACUCAAAUCUCAGAGUAACUCAAGGAUUUGAAGCCUUUUUUCCCCACUUUAAAUGAGCCUCUCUAUUUGACUGUCACCACUUACUAUGAAACAGCCAGAAACACAGAGAUGGACAAAGUUCUUGAGUUUUAUUU